CAUGUUGGGAAUUGAAGUCGUGGAAAGUUUACUUCCUCCUUGUACUUGACAAGGAAGAGACUCACGAAGUUUCUUCCCUGCUCUUACUUUGUGCCAUAUAGAAAUCCACUCUUCAGGCAAAGGAUGUCCCUCCGUGACUUGUCCGGUUCGGACUCGAGGCCGGUCACUGCGGUAGCCUGGGCUUCCAACAACAGCACCUGCCCCGGUACCUUCAACAUGAUCUCCUCGACUGAGGACGGGGCUACAGCCAGCUUUAACAGAGGCUUCGGCAGGUCCGGGUACUUCCUCUGUUACAGUAAGGACCUGUCUGGUAGCAUGGUGGUGUCUGACAUCCAGGUGAUCUCCGACAGGACGGUCAUUCCUCAUGGGUACUGUUUCAUCCCGGAGUUCAUGGAGCCAAAGGGCUCAGUGUUGAAGAAGAAGCGUGUGUGUGCACGCAUGGUUCCGGUGGGCAGUGUCACCACAGGCGUGCUGGAAGUCCGGUUGACGACAAAGAGCAAAGUCAUGCUGCAGCAGUACACCUGCCUUGGGGAGUUACAUGGCUUUGUGCUGUGGUGCAAGAAGGGGCCGAUCUCUGGGCCCGCGCCCCAGGCCAAGCCCCGCAGCGUCAGCCUGGACUUGAGGAAGCUCUCCCUGGAGGGAACCGCUCCCCCGCAGCCCCUCAGACCCUGCAACCUGCCUCCAGCUCCACCGCGCAUCAGCUGUCGGCGCAACAAGCUGGAGGAGAAGACCAUCGGAGAGAACGACAGCUCCAGCAACAUCUACGGCAUCACAGCCAUUGACGGAGUUCCUUUUGCUCUACACCCAAAGUUCGAGGCCCAAACCAACAAUAAGGGCUCAGCUAACUCCUUCAGUAACAUCCGCAUCAAGUCCAUCCAAGACAUCGAGAAUGAGUACAACUACACUUUUUCCGUGGAGGAGCAAGCGGCUCAACGCAUCACUGCCUCAGCUAUGGCCUCCUCCUAGAGCCGCUCCUGCCAUCAC